GGUGUGUUAUGAAAUGUUUAAUAUAUUAUAAAAAUCAUAAAUAAAAUAUAGUUUUGUUGUUGUGGUUCUUAUUAAAUUAUUAUUAAUUAAUAAAUACUGUUUGGUACUAUGGAUAAUGGAUUAGUGUCUUAUAAAAAUACAGAACCAAUGAUGCAAAUUUUCAAUGUUCAAGAAAAGUCUGAUUGGAUUAUUUAUAAUCGUUACAUACAACGAGAUUUGGAAUUAUGUAAAUUAUUGAUUGACCAAGAGUUACGAAACACUAAGGAUAAUAACGAAUUUGCAUUUUAUAUAUUGGGAUUAAUUUAUAGAGAAGAAGGUAAGAUAAAAAAUUCAUAUUGGUGUUUUGACAGAUAUUAUGCUUUGAAUCCAUUGUGCGUCGAAGGGGUCAAACAGAUUGCUCGUUCAUGUUUACUUUUGGGAAGGAAUGAUGAAGCCCAAAAAAUGUACUUGGAAGCAGAAAGAAUGUGCAGGGAACCAGAUACUAAAGUAUAUUACAACCUUGGUCUGUGUUACUUGAACUUAGGAGAAUUGGACAAAUCUAAAGAAUAUUUUCAUCGCACUAUUCAACUUAGCCGAAAUCAAGAUGCUUAUGAAAAAUUAGCUUCAAUAUUCGCCAUAGAAAAUAACUUUGAAAAUGCAACCAGUAUAUUAAUUACGGCUUCAAAGUUGUUUCCAUUCAGCACGAAUAUAUCUGUAGACUUGGGUCUGUUAUAUAUGAAACAACGUAAUUAUGAUCAAGCCUUUAAUGUACUCGGAAAUACACUGUGUCAGGAUCCCGAAAAUCCUAAAGCGCUCCUUACAUUAGCAGCUGAAAUGCAGAGAAACUGUGGAUACGACGAAGCAUUGGCCAAGUACACUAAAGUUGUUACUGACUUAUCUGAAUGUUCUGAAACGUGGAAUAACAUCGGAAUGUGUUUCUUUGGAAAACACAAAUACGUUGCGGCUAUAAGUUGCUUGAAACGUGCUAUUUAUUUGCACCCAUUUAAUUGGAUCGCCUUAUACAACUUAGGCCUUGUACAUCUAUACACCAGACAAUACGUAUCAGCAUUUGUAUUCCUCUCAACUUCAGCGAAAUUAAACCCAAAUCAUGCUGGUAUUUUUAUGCUUAUUGGGUUGGCAUUAAACCAUAUGAACGACACAAGGAAUGCGGAAAAGGCUUAUCGUAAAUCCAUAGAGUUAAAUCCAGACAAUCCAGAAGCGCUAAUCAAUUUGAUAAUUUUGGAAGUUAACCAAGGAAAAAUUAAAGAAGCUGAAAAAAAUUUCCACUCUUUUCAAGAAGCAUGUCUAUCGUGUAGUGCAAUUGAUAAAGAAAUUAUUGAACUAGGAAAGCAAGUUUCGGACGCUCUUGACGGUCAUCCGCGAUCACUAAACGAAAACGAUGAUGAAAUUCCCGGACGUGAUGAACCUUGCUACGAGGUGGUAGAAUGACGUUACUCUUCAAAUAUAAUAAUAUACUUGACACUUGUAUACAGUAUACACUAUACACUAUACACUAUACACGCAGGUAGGUACGGAUCUGAAAUACAUAAUUUUCCAGAAAAUAUUACAAAUAUAAUUUUAGUAAGUACACAAUAUAAUGAACUACUAAUGAAUGUCGUGUAUUAAUAGGUUAUAGGCACUUAUAGUCGUCCCUUGGAUCUGCGCCUGCAUACUCGUGGACACGUGGCACAUACUUAUUUUAAUUAAAACUGGACCAAGUCUGAAAAUUAUAAUAUAGUGGUUACUGGUUAAUAAAAAUGAUAUAAAUACGUGAUUGUAAUAUACCGGACAGAUUUUAGCAGUGUACUUUACUGCGAUACGGACUGUGUUAAACCAACUGUAUACCAUAGGUAUAUUUACUAUUUAGUAAUUAGGUAAAAAUUAAAUUUCCAUAUCAAUAAAUAAUAAAUUAAAUGAUACUCGAUCGUGUUUCUUUCUUGCUUUAAUAUUAUUUUAAGGAUUAAGAUAUUAGAUGGACAUUAAGUGGUUACUGAAAUAAAUUCGCUGAAGACAGUGAACUUACGGACAACCCACAACCACAUAGGUAGGUACGUACAAAGCACUGUUGAAUUUAUUUACCAAAUAAAUUACUAAAAUUUACUUUAUUUACUUAGGCAUUUAUAGUUGUAAAAUCAUAAUAGUAUAGUCAAAACCAUGGAUAUCAUAAAUAAUAUUGUGCAGGUACCCAAGCCCAGGGUCGGCUUGGUGGCUGUCGCCCUAUCGGCUAUGUGCGAAAUGUUUUUGAAAGGCCUAUUUAGUGAGUGUUACAUUAGGGUCUCAAAGAUAGCCGCAAUUUAAGAUUAUCGAUGAAUCUGAAUCAUUAGAUGAAUAUAUGAUCUACUUACUAUGGAUCCGAUAGUUAGUUUUUGCAACAGGUAGUGGAACGUUUCAAUAUGCUAUACUGCAUAUCUCUAACCACGUAGCCGGUACUGCUUAAACCUAAUAAUUUCCAAACGGCAAACAUCUUGAUUUAUAAUUUUUUAUGUUAUGAGUGGUUAAGUUAUUUUAUAGUUUUGCAAUUUUUUCUUUCAAGUCGUCCUUCAAGCAAACCGAAAGUCGAAAUAGAAUAGUUUAAAAUUUGAGUAUAGUAAUAAACAUUUUUAUAAUAAUUCUGUGAUUAUUUUUAAAACACUUGCCAUAGUGGUUCCAAAUGUUUUGGCUAAAGUAUAAAUGCAACACACAAAUUAUUAAGUACAUCAGUUUUUUUAUUAAUACAGUAACAUAAUGUUAAUUAAGUUUUGUCACAAUUCAUAAUAAUUUAUUAAAUAAAUAAUAAUUAGGUACUCUUAGGGUGAUAAAUUAUAAUACAUAGCAAUUCCGUACCUCCGAUAUCUGUA